AUGAACUAUAAUAUUCUUCGAAAUAAUAGUAGCAACAGAAAAAGCGGUGGCUACCAAGAUAAGGUUCAGGUUCUUCCUUAUAGUACUACAGAAGAUAAUAAAAGAACAAAAUUUUUACCAUCACACGAAUCGCUUUUACAAAGUAAACGCAGGAUCUCCAAAAUAAAUAGAUUAUUUAAUCAACAGGAUAAUCAAGAUGAAAACACCGUUGAAAAGGACAAUUACAUUAAAAAGGAUGUAGAUGAAUCCAUAACACCCAGACUUGACAAAAAAUUUAUAUCACGUAGUGAUGGUCCUAAUAGUGUUACUCGAAGGAUAAAUAAAAAUUAUGAUCCUAAGACAGAAAAAGAGGAAAAGCAAAGUUAUAUUUAUAAUAAAAAAAGAAUACACGAUUAUAGAAGGGUCAAUAAUCAUCAUCUAUAUUUUAACGAUGACUCAACUACAAAAAUUGAUCAAGCACCGAAUUUUUAUGGAGAGGAUCCUCCUUUUAAACCAACUUUUAAAGAUAAUAUUAUCAAUUCAUCUGCCAAACCAAUACCUAAGGGAGAUUCUAUACUAUAUACACAUCCCAUUUCAUCUCAACAAAGCACCGCAUACACAGCAGCCAUAAGGAGAACAAACCUAAAUUUUGGAGUACCAAUACCGUUGCCUUAUUUAACAGAGACCAAUCAUAAUAAAAUGACAUUUAGAGAAAGUUUGUCGGAAAAUAGUGAACCGUCUAGUACUUAUAGUACUGGUGGCAGAAAUAUUAGAGAUAAUUCAAGGUUUGCCAAUCAAAAAAAUGGUAAUGUAACUGCUGUUAGUGUUGAAAAUGAUAUUCAGUACAUUAACAUAGAUACAAUGGAAGAUUUGGAACAACUUAAGAAAUCUAUAACUAACAAUUAUAUAAGGUUCAUGAGAGAUUUGGAUAAAUUUACAAAACUUCAUAACGAUUAUUCAAAGGGGACUACCCUAAAAGCCAAUGGCUUUUUUCUGUUUAGACAUAGCGGACGACUGUAUUUUUGGUUAUUUUGUAUUAUAAUGCUUUUAAUUUUGAAUAUAUUACUGUAUUAUUACUAUUAUUUUUAUAUUGCUUUUUAG